AUGAGGACCAGUAAAUACGGCUGCACCCGACGACUUCAAAAGACACACGAUGUCUUUUCCACAGUCGUACUAUCACGCCUCAAAGCAUCUGCGCCCAAGCAGCCAAAGUUGCUUCCCAAGACGACCAAGCGUGUCGAACCACGAGACUCCGCACUAAACGUUACGAACACAAACAACUACAACAAGUCGUCGGGGGUCGGAACGUCGAGUCGUUUGGUGGACUCCGACCGUUUGGUGGACUCCGACCGUUUGGAGGAGGGCGAGGUGAUAACCUCGGGUCUAUUGUUGCUGCACAGUGACCCAGUGCGUUAUGGUGUGAUUUCGUUUCUCGAUCUGUUGGGACUGGUGCGGUUGGCGUGUUCCUGUCGUCGACUGUACCAAUUGUGUCUUUGCUCCGUUGCCUUGUGGCGCCAUCAUUUACUCUGGGACCGCGGGUUGUUGGGUCACCUGAGCGCGGGCGAUCGGUUGCUCGCGAACCCGCCAUUGUCACCUACUGAACGCUGGGACCCUGAGGCUCGCUGCUGGACGAAACGCGUCCACUACAUCACCAACGUGUCCGCUACCAGUCCGACAACCGCUAGUGGGACGACAACCACUAGUGGGACGACCGGGCCUCGGGUUGAGGUCCUGGUGUACCGGCUCUGGGGCCGCGUGCACUUGGAUGAACUGUUGUGGCUGCUGGGUGCGUCGUUAGUGAUCCGAACCGGCCAUGGCCUGGUCGCAUUGGAUACGGCAACCGCGUGCAUCGUGGCGCCGCGACACCAGAUCUGGAAGAAGCCACACGCAACUUUCGUCCAGCAACUCAUUGACAACUACUACGUGCUCUACGACCGCAUGUGGCAUGCCAUACUCGACGCCGGCACUAACCCAGACGCUGACGGAGACCCCAUGGACCAGGACAGACACCGCGGGGACCAGGACGGAGCCCGUGGGGACCAGGACGGGGACCGUGGGGACCAGGACGGGGACCGUGGGGACCAGGACGGGGACCGUGGGGACCAGGACGGAGACCGCCAAAACCAGGACGGAGACCGCCAAAACCAGGACGGAGACCGCCAAAACCAGGACGGAGACCGCCGGAACCAGGACGGAGACCGCCGGAACCAGGACGGAGACCGCCGGAACGCAGAAUACGGGAUGGGAGGCAAUGGUGCACAGGCGGAGUCAGGCCCGUUCGGACCGGGACGGGGCGAAGCCGGGGUCGCUGGCGACGAACCUUGGACGCCCACCCGCGGGUCUACUCACACACCUGUCCAGAGACACCCGUGGGGCGAAGUUGCGAUUGCGAGAGACUUGACUGUGACAGAGGCAGCGGCCGAGAACAGGCGGGCCGCUGUACCCACGGGUGCAGUGGUCAGUGGCGCACAGACCAGUGUGGCCAGUGGUUCGUGUUUGCUGAGGUCAGUGGUGGGUCCGCCGCGCAUCGAGUCGGUCUUGGGGGGUCCGUUCUAUCGGAAGCGUGAGAUGCAGAUUUCGUUUUCACCGAUCGGGUACUUGAAGCUCAAGUACCUCACGAGCUGCUGCGAUUUCCCCGGCCAUUAUUCUCGGCCGCUGGUGCGUGACGCGAUCGAGUGCUUGGUCGGCUGUGUGACGAACAUUAACCGUGAGAAACAAAUCUACUUGGGAGCCGACAACCUGGGCGCGAAACUCGGCGAGGACGCUCCCUCCCUUGAGGACUUCAAGCGGGUCCUUAGGGGGCAAACACCACCCGCCUAA